CUUCCUAAGCUUAAAACCUUUCUCCAAAACAGGCGUCACUGGACAGAGUGAGGGUGUAAGUGCACUGGACAGAGUGAGUCGAUCAAACUUUGCCCUAACAUCACUGAGCCCUAACUGCCGACCCGAAUCACUCUGUGAAGGUGGCGAUGUCGAACGGCGCAAUCCUUCUCGACGAGGUCAUGAUUGACAUACUGUCUCGACUCCCCGCGAAGUCUCUAUGCCGAUUCAAAUGCGUAUCGAAGUCAUGGUUUGCCCUAAUCUCAAGCCCUCAUUUCGCCAAAACACACCUCAAUCGGAGCAUCAACAACAAAUGCGAGAGACUCUUUCUAAUUUCUGAUUCACCUGACUCACUUUACUCCAUCGACUGCACUGAAGCAUCCAUUAACGAUGCUGUGAUUGCAACCAAGCUUGAUUUCCCCAAGAUCGAACACCAAGAAUUGUUGAACUAUAUCUUGGCUUCUUGCAACGGUUUGCUUCUAGUUAGCGACGAAGAAGACACCAAGUUUUUGUUGAAUCCAUCAACUAGAGAGUCAAAGAAAGUACCCAAUUUCCUUUUUGUCGUCGAUUCAUCUACUAGGUGCUGCAUGUAUGGAUUUGGGUACGAUUCAGCUGCAGAUACUAUGUUAAAAAUUCUGAUUCUGAUUAUGAUUAUGAUUAUGAUGAUGAUGAUGAUGAUGAUGAUAUUGAUGAUUGUGAUGAUGAUUAUGAUUAUGGUGACAAUGAAUCACAGUUGUCUUUCCCCAAAAACAGUAAAGCGUAUUGUUCAGAUACAUUUGAUUCAAGAUUUUCCUUACAAUCAUUCUUCUCUCAUGCCUAACUCAGGUGUUUUUGUGAAUGGUUCUAUACAUUGGCUAACUUUUAAGUGUUUAGAUGAGUCACUUGUGAUUGCUGCUUUCGAUGUAUCAGACGAAAAAUUUCGAGAUAUUUUGGCACCGAGCUCAUUUGAAGAGUGUAAUAUAUCUAGUGAUUUGGGGGUUCUUGGAGGGUGUCUCUGUAAGCUUAUAUGUGAUAGUGAUAGCCAGGCUGAUCUUUGGGUGAUGAAGGAGUACGGGGUGACCGAGUCUUGGACCAAAUUUACAAUCUCUUUACCUACGUACAAUGUGGAACCCUUGUGUUUACUGCCAGAUAGGGAAAUUCUGUUGGAAAUGGAUGGGGACAAAUUAGUUGCAUACAAUGCAAAAGAGAAGAGAUUGAGGUAUAUAAUGGUGCAUGGCAUGCCAACUACGUUUGAUGCAGUAAUGUCAUAUGUGGAGAGCAUUGUCUCACCCUAUUACCACUGGAUUGAGAGAAAAUUUAAAAAGGGUGAAAACUCAAGAGGGUCAUCAACCAUACAGGCAACCUAAGAUAGCUUUAAGUCUGCCUAAUGGGGAAAGAUGGCCUUUAUCAAGCUGGAUGUUGGAGACUCCUCAAGACUGCAUAGUUAGACUGUUAAUGUGCGUUAACUUUUUGCAGCUCAGAUUGAUAGCGAAAACAUGCCUACUCACUAGUGUAGCUAUCCUUUGUCAUUCUCUUGUUCAUUUCCCUUUAAAGACUGACUAGUAUCCCCUUUUCUGUAUAUUGUUUGAUUAUAUUUAUGGUUCUAUUUUUCAUGCAUAUUGAAAAAGAAGAUGGUGUUCAAAAAUUGGAUGCCUUCAGGGGGAUGCUCAGAUGAUUUUUUGGGGAUACUUUUACUCAUAGCAGGUAAUUGCAAUGAGGUUAUCGGAUGUCCCCAACUACACUUUCGUUGCAGUGUGUCUUAUUAGACGGGGCUAUUUCUUUCCCUUUUGUAGAAAGAUGGGAAAAAUUGCCUUGUUUGAAGUCUCAAAACUGUCUCAAUCCAUUUCUUAUCAGCCUACCUAUGCCCUUGAAUGGAACUAUUUUUUCUCUUGGAGAAAAUCUGAAUGCUUGCUGGCUUGGCGAGUGUUCAGGCUCCAAGUAAAAGGAGAACAAAGGAAUUGGAACCUUGGAAGAGCAUUUUAGAAAGAAAAAAAAUGCUAUUGCCAUAACAUUCGCAAGAAGAUGAAGUCGGGAAUAAUGUUGAACCAAGGUUUGCGUGGUUUAGUUUUCUGAUAAUGGUUAUUUCUAAGAGAAUUGAAAUAGUUUCAAAAUUUGUGUCAUUGACAGUUUUGUGGAAACUUUUAUAUGGUGAUAGACCUAAUUUCACAAGAUAGUUUUUGUAUUUCUUUGAAAAUU